GUUGGACGACGCACAGAAUUUUGAUAAACUCUAAAUCCAUCGCUCAUAUUCACUGUUUUAGAAGGCAAAAAUGGCAUCCCAGAAGCAGAGCUACAGAGCUGGUGAAGCCAAGGGCCAAGCUGAGGAAAAGGGUGGCCAGAUGAUGGGCUCAGUAGGGGACACAGCCCAAGACACAACGCAAGCAACAAGGGACAAGACAUACGAGACAGGCCGAGCAACCAAGGACAAAACCCAGGGAGCUACCUACCAAGUCAAAGACAAGGCCGCAGAGAAGGCAGAGGCUGCAAAACAGAGGGCAGAAGAAGCAGCCCGGAAGGCCAGAGAGACAGCCGAGCAUGGCAAAGAGAAAACCAGUGGGGUACUGCAGCAGACUGGAGAACAGAUGAAGAACAUGACUCAGGGGGCUGCUGAUGCUGUGAAAAGCACUUUUGGGCUGGCCAAGAAUGAUGAGGAGAAAGAUGAAACUGGGCUUUCUGAUAAGAAGGCUGGCACUGGUUAAAUUUCAGGUGGUGUUGGUUUGAUAUAUGUUUGUGGUGUUUUUAUGUUGGGCAUGUUUCAGAAGUCCUGUGCUUCCCCCUCGCUGAGUUGGGAUUAAUGUUGUAUUUUUUGUUUUCCAGCUAUAUAUAUUAUGUGUAAUUCUCAGUCAUAAAUGAAAUAUGAAGUAGUUUAUUUAUUUA